AUGGCGGCGGCGGCGGGCGCCCCUCCGCCGGCUCCGCCGCAGCCUGCACCGCCGCCGCCGCCCGAGGAGUCGUCGGACAGCGAGCCCGAGGCGGAGCCGGGCUCCCCGCAGAAGCUCAUCCGUAAGGUGUCCACGUCGGGCCAGAUCCGUCAGAAGACGAUCCUCAAAGAAGGCAUGCUGACCAAACAGAACAGUUCAUUCCAGCGCUCCAAGAGGAGAUACUUCAAGCUCCGAGGGCGAACGCUGUACUACGCCAAGACUGCAAAGUCAAUCAUAUUUGAUGAGGUGGACCUGACGGAUGCCAGCGUGGCCGAAUCCAGCACCAAGAACGUCAACAACAGUUUCACGGUCAUCACUCCCUGCAGGAAGCUCAUCUUGUGUGCUGAUAACAGAAAAGAAAUGGAAGAUUGGAUCGCAGCACUCAAGACUGUCCAGAACAGAGAGCAUUUUGAGCCUACUCAGUACAGCAUGGACCAUUUCUCAGGGAUGCACAACUGGUACGCCUGCUCCCACGCACGGCCCACCUACUGCAAUGUGUGUCGCGAGGCUCUGUCUGGGGUCACGUCCCACGGGCUGUCCUGUGAAGUGUGCAAGUUGAAGGCUCACAAACGGUGUGCUGUGCGUGCAACCAACAACUGCAAGUGGACCACACUGGCCUCGAUCGGGAAGGACAUCAUUGAAGAUGAGGAUGGGAUCGCCAUGCCCCACCAGUGGCUGGAAGGAAACCUGCCUGUGAGUGCCAAGUGCACAGUGUGUGACAAGACCUGUGGGAGUGUGCUGCGCCUGCAGGACUGGCGUUGCCUCUGGUGCAAGGCCAUGGUUCACACAUCAUGCAAAGAGUCCUUGGUAACCAAGUGCCCACUUGGACUGUGCAAGGUGUCUGUCAUUCCUCCUACAGCACUCAACAGCAUUGAUUCUGACGGGUUCUGGAAGGCCACCUGUCCCCCAUCUUGCACAAGCCCCUUGUUGGUCUUUGUCAACUCUAAAAGUGGGGACAACCAGGGGGUGAAGUUCCUUAGAAGAUUCAAGCAACUGCUGAACCCUGCCCAGGUCUUUGACCUCAUGAACGGAGGACCACACCUUGGCCUCCGAUUAUUCCAGAAGUUUGACACCUUCCGGAUUCUGGUUUGUGGCGGGGAUGGCAGUGUUGGCUGGGUCCUCUCUGAAAUUGAUAGCCUCAACCUUCACAAACAGUGUCAGCUGGGAGUGCUGCCCUUAGGGACAGGGAAUGACCUGGCCCGCGUGCUUGGCUGGGGCUCGGCCUGUGAUGAUGAUACUCAGCUCCCUCAGAUCUUGGCAAAGCUGGAGAGGGCCAGCACUAAGAUGCUGGACAGAUGGAGCGUCAUGGCAUACGAGACCAAACUCCCUCGGCAGGCCUCUUCCUCUGCGGUCACGGAAGACUUCAGUGAGGACUCCGAGGUGCAACAAAUUCUCUUCUAUGAAGACUCAGUUGCAGCCCAUCUAUCUAAGAUCUUGACUUCGGACCAGCACUCGGUGGUGAUCUCAUCUGCCAAAGUACUCUGUGAGACAGUGAAGGACUUUGUGGCCCGAGUGGGCCAGGCUUAUGAGAAGACCACUGAGAGCUCACAGGAGUCGGAGGUCAUGGCCAAGAAGUGCUCUGUCUUGGAAGAGAAGCUGGACUCUCUCCUCAAGACCUUGGAUGAUGAGUCUCAGGCUUCAUCCUCUCUGUCCAACCCACCCCCCACCAUUGCUGAGGAGGCUGAGGAUGGCGAUGGGUCAGGCCACGUCUAUAGUUCAACUGGGGACCGCCUGGUGGGCUCGACCUGCCCUUCCCGGCCACAGAUCUUCCGGCCUCGGGAGCAGCUCAUGCUGAGAGCCAACAGCCUGAAGAAAGCGAUUCGCCAGAUCAUAGAACACACAGAAAAAGCGGUGGACGAGCAGAAUGCCCAGACUCAGGAACAGCAGGGCUUCGUCCUGGGUCUCUCUGAGUCGGAGGAGAAGAAGGACUUGAAAGCUGAUAAGAGGGUGUGCCUGCCGCCUGCCCACAGUGAGAGCUGUAUGGUGACCAAGGGGAGGAGCCACCGCAAAGUGUCCAGAGCCCCAUGUGAGAAGCUGAUGAGCAAAGGUCUGACCCUUGGCAGUUCUGCCUCCCUCCCUCCCCAGACAGGAAGCCGGGAUGGCCUGCCUGCCCUGAACACCAAGAUCCUGUAUCCAAGUGUUCGUGCUGGGAUGUCUGGUUCUUUGCCUGGGAGCUCAGUCAUCAGUCGCUUACUGAUUAAUGCUGAUCCCUUUAAUGCUGAACCAGAAAACCUUGAGUACUACACGGAGAAGUGUGUCAUGAACAACUACUUUGGCAUUGGCCUGGAUGCAAAGAUAUCCCUGGACUUCAACAACAAGCGUGAUGAGCAUCCAGAGAAAUGCAGGAGUCGGACCAAGAACAUGAUGUGGUAUGGCGUCCUUGGCACCAAAGAGCUGCUUCACAGAACUUACAAGAAUCUGGAGCAAAAGGUCUUGCUGGAGUGUGAUGGGCGCCCGAUCCCCCUCCCCAGUCUUCAGGGAAUUGCCGUCCUCAACAUUCCCAGCUAUGCUGGCGGGACCAACUUCUGGGGGGGCACCAAGGAAGACGAUACUUUUGCAGCUCCAUCAUUUGAUGACAAGAUUCUGGAGGUGGUCGCUGUGUUCGGCAGCAUGCAGAUGGCCGUGUCUCGUGUGAUUAAGCUACAGCAUCACCGGAUCGCCCAGUGUCGCACAGUGAAGAUCUCCAUCCUGGGGGACGAGGGCGUACCUGUGCAGGUAGAUGGAGAGGCCUGGAUCCAGCCACCAGGUUACAUUCGAAUCAUCCACAAGAACCGGGCACAGACUCUCACGAGAGACAGGGCCUUUGAGAACACCCUGAAGUCCUGGGAGGACAAGCAGAAGUGUGAGCUGCUGCGGCCCCCGUCCUUCUCCCUGCAUCCUGAGAUCCUUUCUGAAGAGGAGGCUACCCAGAUGGACCACUUUGGACAGGCAGCGGGGGUUCUCAUUCACAGCAUCCGGGAAAUCGCUCAGUCCCACCGCGAUAUGGAACAAGAACUUGCACAUGCUGUCAACGCCAGCUCCAAGGCUAUGGACCGUGUGUAUGGCAAACCGAGAACCGCAGAGGGCUUGAACUGCAGCUUUGUCCUAGAAAUGGUGAAUAACAUCAGAGCCCUGCGCAGUGAGACGGAGCUGCUGCUGGCUGGCAAGAUGGCCCUGCAGCUGGAUCCCCCACACAAGGAGCGGCUGGGAGCCGCCCUGGCCGAAAUGGACCGGCAGCUCAGGAAGUUGGCAGACACCCCCUGGCUGUGUCAGCCCAUGGAACCUGGUGACGAAGAGAACGUGCUGCUGGGGCUUUCUAAGCGCGGUCGCAGUGGAAAACUCCGCCUCGUGACGAAGUUUAAGAAGGAGAGGAACAAUAAGAACAAAGAAGCCCACGGCAGCCUGGGAGCCCCGGGUACCUGCCCCUGUCCUGCGGGCUCUGGCUGCCAAUACCAGUGGUCCUGGUCCAGUUCUCCUGUUCACCUCUGGGGGACAGAGGAGGUUGCUGCCUGGCUGGAGCACCUCAGUCUCUGUGAGUAUAAGGACAUCUUCACGCGGCAUGACAUCCGGGGCUCUGAGCUCCUGCACCUGGAGCGGAGGGACCUCAAGGACCUUGGUGUGACCAAAGUGGGCCACAUGAAGAGGAUCCUGUGUGGAAUCAAGGAGCUGAGCCGGAGCACCCCUGCCGAGGCCUAGCCUCUGCCUUCUCAGCCUGCGUCCUCCGUGCCUCCUUUUCCCACGAUUGAGGCCCAGGGAGGACACUGCCGCCACUCAGCCCCUGGCCACCUUUCUCAUGGUGCUAUUCCCUUUGUUAGUGACAGGAAGCCUGAUGCCCAUUGGAAACAGCGUUGGGGUCUUGAACUUACCAACACAGCUACCUUGGAAACAACACCUUUCCCCCAUUUGGGGCACACUGUGUUAAGCCGGCUCUCAGCCCUUGCUGGCCUGUGUUGUGGCCACAGGGACUGUCGUGAAGCCUGACCUUCUGGGCUCCUGGCACCUGCAGGACCUUCCCACCCGGGCCACAUGGUCACAUUGUCCAGUGGGCUGCUGCUCUGUGUCCUUUAUUGGCCACGUUGGGAAGUACUGUCUCUGCUCCCACUGACUCCAGAAGCAGAGUUGGGCUCAGUCCACAGCGGUCCAUUCAGGAUGUUCUCUGUGCCUGAUGCCACCCGUGGUUCACAGCCCCGCUCUUGUCCUGUUUAUUCAUAAGGUUUGUUUUGUUAAACACAGGUCAUGCCCCUUCCUGGUUUGAAAGUGGUGCGGAUGUAUUUCCAGACUCGUUUGUCUCAAUCUUAGGAAGAGUAAGGAAAGCCCUCCUGCUUAGCCAAGUAGCAGUCGCUCGGUUCCCUUUGUCUUAAGGAGCCUGGUCCCCCUCCUUGCCCUCCACCUGCAGGCUGUGAGCAUGGGGACAGCCACCCCAUCUGCAGGAUGCCAUGCCGAGGACGUGGGUUUAUGUGAUUCUGUAUCUCUAUGAAGCUUCCUGGCUCUGGGAAAGCGUAUUCUGUGGGAGAAUACUGGGUUCCAGGCGCAAGUCCCUGAGUGAGCAGUCUCUGGCCUUGUGGUGGCUUAUCUUCUGCUGUCAGGCCUGGUGUCCAUGGACAUGUCUGUAAGGACUGCUGCCCUCCUGUCCCUGGGGUCAAGCUCCAGUUCCUGGGCAGAGAUGCCUCUGAAGUAGCAUGUGGCACUAUGAGUGACAGGAAGUUCCCCUGGGAAUGCCCUGGGCCUUACUGCCACUGUCUUUACCCUGUUCUCCUCUUCAAAGAUGUUUGUCCCCAGAGACUUGUAAGAGCACCUGGAAAGGACUUUAGCUCACUCACUGUGGCACAAGGACAGUGUUGUGAGUUUCAGUUGGCACUGCCCCAUUUGCCCUAGGGCAAGGUUCUGCAUCACCCCUGGCUCCUGAGUGAUUGGCAGCCAUGGGGCUUCACCUCUGGUCUCUUUGGUCAUCUCUUCUUCACCCGUGACAGGUGGGUAGGUGCAUCCCCCGUGGCCUUGCCCAGUCCCGCCCGAGUGUGGAGAGCAUCUGUAGCACAGUUCUUGCUGUCCUCUAGUCCCAGGACUGGAUUGUGCCAGAGCAGUGGCCUGUCCCUGUGUGGCGGGUUGCUCUUAGGACAUGGGGUGGAAAAAAAUCUGCCCUGCACACGGACUCGGCCUUCUCACUGGAAACACCGAUGGGGAACAGUUCCUGGGCACUCAUUUUAAACCCAGAAACAGAGGAAGGGAUCAUCUAGCUACAGAAGUCACUUGGUCCGCAAAGCAUGAACAGCUAACAGAGGAGGUAACAGCCUGUGCCCUUGGUACUUGCUGGCUAGGUGAGAGCAAGCCACCAGACAAGCUGACACUUAGGUGGUCUAAGGAGAAGCAGCUGAUGGGCACUGGGGCCAACCUAAGACCUUUUUUUGGGAAAGCACUGGGUUUAGAUCCAUAGGGUUUAAGAUCGGUGGUGAUAGUGACUAAAACAGCACUUAUAUACAGCUGUUUAUUGAGUUUUCAUAAGUGGGAGGACCAGUAAUGAGAGCUGGAAGGAUCUUCCAGGUAGCCAUGGGCCUGUACUCCAUAGAUGUGACCUAGCCAUCACCAUCCUGUCCCAAGUUUCUCUGCAGCCGGAGUCCUAGCCCCUGUGCGGAGAGGGGAGAGGAAGGAAGUAUCCCCAAGGAACUGGAGAAAAAGGUUUUAUGCCUGCAGGUGGAGCUCCCUCAUAUUUAUAAUAUUAAUUUAUACAGCGACCACCUGGAAGCAGAUGCCACUUGUAUUGUUAUGUACAUAGUCUGCAUCGGAGUUGUAAAUAUGUUCUUCUGUAUGUAAAUAAAUCUAGCCUGUUUUUGAUCUUC